CUGAAACAAACAAAGUCAUCGAACUGGCAGACAAGACACUUCCCGGUCCUGGCCCCUGCGAUUACGUAAAAUAUCGUUUCAGUGUGCUUCGAUUCUGUGAAUUACGCACUCGGGCCAAACACUUUUCAGGCUCCUGUCAGGGAACUAGAUAAAAAACAACAAAACUUUCACUUGGAAAAGGGAUUUUAAAAACUCUACCGACAAAUCUCUUGGACACAAGAGGAACUGAACUCACGAAGGAGGAACCCCAGGAACUGCAGGAACAAUGGCACAAAAGCCAGGAAAGGGCGAUGGCAAGCAGGUCAAGCCGAAGAUGAGGAGCUCCAAGAACAAGGUCGAAGGUGGUGGAGGCGGUGGCGGCGAUGCCGAUGACUUCGAUGCCUGGAUGAAAUCCCGCCAGCUGCUCAAGCCGGACGACCAGCUGGAUCUCACGGAGGCGGAACUUGGUGAGGAGGUCACCAAGGUCCUGACACCCACCAAUACAAAUGUGAUCCGCAACCUCGUCGUCUAUAGCUUUAAGGAGGGGGAGUUUGUCCCGGCUCCACUGCCGGGUAACACUGUCACUCUUAUCGCCUUCACUGGCAAUUCACUGCACGUGGACUCGGAGGAGGCGCGCCGCCAAAUCGAGGAGUCAGAUGAGAUCGGCUACCCGCUGCCCAUGCCCAACUAUACGGUGGUGGAGCAGCGCGAGCCGGAGGCCGGUGAGGGAGAGGAGGGAGAAGACGAGGAGGACGAAGAUGACCGCGGCGCUAAGGACGGUCCCCCAGAGGAUGAGGAGGUCGAGGAAGAAGACGAUGAGGAGGCCAAGGGCACCGAGGGCGAUGAGGGUGAGGGCGAGGGGGAAGGUGGCGAGACCCACGACGAAGACGCUGCCGGUGCCCCGCGGGCAGUGACUGCUUCAUCGAAGAAAAGGAAACUAAUUAAUCAGUUCAACUACUGCGAACGGGCUGCUCUGACCUAUACGAACCCAAAGAGGAGUGUGGACACCCAAACGAUUCCUCCGCCCCGCUCCCAGUUCGGAGCUAAUGUGCUCCAGUGGGUCAUCUACGAUUCGUAUCUGGAGAAUUUCGCGGAGUCGCAGAAGGAGGGGGCGAAGAAAGAAGACAUUAAGCGUGGCAGGCGUGAAAAGAAGUUCAAAGACAAGUCCGCCAUUGCCGAGCAGCUGAACAAAAAGUAUCUCAAGUGCUGGCAGAUCCUAGAGCGGAUGAUCAACCAGAAUAUCUAUGAUGACAUUGCUCACGAUUAUCGCUAUUGGGAGGAUCCAGCGGAUGAGUUCCGUGAGGGUGAGGGCAACCUGCUGCCCCUGUGGAAGUUUCAGUAUGACAAGACCAAGAAGAUGAACGUCACCGAUAUUCUCUUUAAUCCCAGCUAUUAUGACCUAUUUGCUGUCUGUUUUGGAUCACAUGAUUUCAUGAAGCAAACCAACGAGGGUUACUUGUGUCUCUUCACCGUCAAAAAUCCUUCAUUUCCGGACUAUAUAAUCCAAACUGACAGCGGCGUAAUGUGCUGUGACAUUCAUCCAGCGUAUCCUUUUCUGGCGGUGAUUGGUCUGUACGACGGCAAGGUGGCCGUGUACAACCUUCGGGAGGAUUGCAAGGAACCGCUGUACGUUUCCAAGGGCGUCAAUUGCAAGCACGGCGAGUGCGUCUGGCAAAUCAAAUGGGGAAAGGACAUGACCGAUGGCGAAGUCAACUUCUUCUCGGUCUCUUCCGAUGGACGGGUCUUUAACUGGAUCCUUAUGCAGAACAAGCUCUGGGUUACCACUAUCAUAACGCUGUAUCGGGAGAACGGACUCGUGGAUGGGCCAGAUGGUACCAAGGUUAGCCUAAAGAGUGGCGGCUCUUGCAUGGUCUUCCAUCCCAUCGACAACAAGAUCUUCCUGGUGGGCACCGAGUGUGGUUACAUCUACAAGUGCAGCACGGCCUUCAGCUCUAAGUAUCUGAUGACAUACAAUGCCCACAACAUGUCUGUUUAUCGCAUUGACUUUAACCGCUUCAACUCCAACAUCUUUGUGUCUUGUGGCGGCGACUGGCGGGUUAAAGUCUGGGAGGACAUGCGAGCCGAUCCGCUCUUUAUCUUUGAUCUGGGCUCUGCCGUCGGCGAUGUGAAGUGGGCCCCAUACUCAAGCACUGUUUUCGCUGCGGUCACCACCGAAGGCAAGGUGCAUGUUUUUGAUCUGAAUGUGAACAAAUACAAGGCGAUUUGCAUCCAAGCUGUGGUGCCCAAGCGGAAGAACAAGCUCACCCGGCUGGCUUUCAACGAGAAGCUCGCUUUCAUCGUGGUUGGGGAUGAAAAGGGUGUUACCACAUCUCUGAAGCUAUCGCCAAACCUUCGGAUGAUGGUCAAGCCACCCAAAAAGCAGCUGUAUCUCGACCAAACCACCCUGCAGAUAAGCAAGCUCGAAAAACUUCUUUCACUGGUCCGGGAGCUACCCGAGGGAAGUGUGGUGCCUGAUGCAGCCACCACUGUACGCAGCUAAAUUAAAGCCGUUGACAGAUAUAUUUUGAUAAGCCCCGCAUAUAAACACUCGAGUCUGAUUGUAUGUAUUAUAUUUUACACAUAUAGAUCUGCUGGUUCUAAAAGAAUCGUAGUUCAUCCGUCUUAUGUUAAUGUUUAUGUUCCUAUAAGUCUAAACGAAUUUGCUAUCGACGUCCGGUUGAGGUCAACCAACUAAAGGAACUUAGAAGCAAUGUAAAGGAUCACAAAAUUGUAUAAUAUCAUAUAUAUCUGCGCUAGAAAA